AUGAGCAGCAAAUCAGAGUCAAUAGAAAGGAAUAACUAUGGGAUAGUACCAUGCCUUAGGAGUAUGCACAAGCCUAGUGGCAACCUUUCUGAGGAGGAACAGGAAAGGAGAGGAAAGAAAAAGGGAGACAUAAACACCCAGACUGAGAAGGUACCCAAUGGGGCAGAUCUUCCAAUUGGAAAAAAAAGCGAUAAAAAAAAACACAGCUGCUUCUUAAGUGAGAAGGAAAAAACCCGUGACAGGGUAAGAAGAAGAAACAAGGUAGACACCAAUUUGUUAAUCUUCCUCAAAAUGUUGUGUCUGUAUAGAUAUGCCCACUCCUUUAGGGAGAACAAAGUGUUAAGCUUAGGUGGGAAUAUUUCCGCUAAGGUACACACCAACCGUUCUGAAGCAAAGGAACUGAAUUUUCUGACCCAAAAGGUGAGUAUAGGAAGCUCUUUGCAAAGGGAAAUACUAAUGUAUAUGGUGAAGUAUCUGAGGAGAGUCCAAAAAGAAAUUAAACUCGACACGCACCUUUGUCUGCUACUAAGUGUUGUUUACUAUGAUUUGAAAAAAUUUCAUAAAAGUUUGUUGUAUGUGAGGAAAAGCAUCAGACGUGACUACUUCAACUUCGUGGCAUGGGUUUUCUUUAACAAUUUAAUUUCGAUCGAGUUGUUUACUGGAGGUAGUUCACGAAAAAGCAAAAUGGGAAGACGCGAAAGUGAGUUGUUAAGGAAACCCCCCCAGGGGCGUAUCCGCACGUGUGGAAGUAGUUAUGAAUCCAUUUGUGAAGAAAAAAAAAGAUUUCGCAAAAACUCCAAAAAGUUGAAAAAGUUGUGCAGCUAUUUGUUUCGAAAUGAAUAUUUUCAAAGCGGAAAGGGGGAGUUCCUAGAUGUGGCGGAACACUAUUCUAGGUACAUCUACGUGAACCCGCUGCGCAACUCGGGGGCGUCUUUUUUUUUUAGGAACGGCUACUUUGUAAGUCGCGUAUUUAGCGCGGGGGGAGGGAAGCGGCGUCCAGGGGGGGCGCGGUCAAGGGGGGAGCGGUCAAAAAAGGGGAAUCACUCACGCAGGGGGAGCAACUCAAGAAAAACCAAACCGCGGAACAAGAAGACACGCCUUGCAUUUUUCGAAAGAUACCAAGAGUACCUAAAAAGGUACAAGUUUAAAAGGAACAUCAUGUCGCUAUUCGGGUUCGCUCACUUUUGCUCCCUCAAUUGUUUGCUCUACAAAGAUUCCAUAAAGACGUACAAACAUUUAAAGGAAAUCUUGCCGAACAACUUUUAUGUGUCCUGUCAGCUAGCCAAAUUGUAUUACUAUUGUGGGGAGGCCAAAAAGAGUAUGAAGUGUUUUGAGAAAAUGAAUCGCAUCUGCAAUAGAAACAUCAUUUUGGAGAGAAAUCUGCUGGAAAGCUGUUGUGUUCGCUAUUUGCAGAGAAGGGAAAGAAGAAGGAAGAGAGGUAAAGAAGGAGCACAAACAAGUGGUGACAAUCAGCCAUGUGUUCAGGUAAUAAGUGCGAAGAAGUGUAGAGAGAUGGAAAUGUUGCUGCUUCCUGGGUACUUCUCAAACGGGUUCAUUUAUGUAGAGCUUUUGGUGAACAUGCUGGUGUGUGAGAAGAACCUCCCCGCGUUGUUAAUUCUUCUGCGGGAUUGUGAAAGGGCUGCGGGGAAGUACACAUGUAAGAGCAGAAAUGCAAAGUAUGACUCUAAAUUGUGGUACAUCAUGGGGAAGUAUCUCUCCCUAUGCAAUAAUCGGAAGAAGUCCAUUCUUUGCUUCAAGGAAGGAAUUCAAAGGAAUAAAUAUCACGUGUUCUCAUAUAUUGCUUUGGCCCAGGAGUAUUUCUCCUGUGGAAAUGUGAACAGUUCUGUUGGCAUCCUAACGAAGGCCAUUAGUUUAUAUUUUAAUAACCCCAGUGCGUGGUUCAGCUUGGCGAAAUGUUUUGAAUGGAAAGAAAAUUACCGAUUUUCUAUUUUUUGUUAUGAACAAGCAAUAAAUUUUCAGCCAAGUACCAUUUUUUAUUUCCACCUGUCUGGGAUUUAUUUGAAAAAGGGAGACAUAAACAGUUACAUAGACACGUUGAAGAAAGCGUGGGUAUUUAAAAAAGAUUCUUUGUUCGCGUCUAUGCUGUUUUUUAUAUACUUAUCCAAGUUGAAAGAACAAAAUAGGGGGUGUUCCUUCAUGGGGGAAGAAGCUCAGGAAGGAAAUGGUGCUUACCGCUCUAAAAAAGAAAAGAGUAAAAAAAAGAUUUUUCUUUUUUACGAAAAAAAUAAUGAGUGUUUCAGAUGGUGUGUCAAGUAUUUAAAAUGUUGCUUGAAUAAAAUGAAGAUAAUGCGGAGGUUAAAUCGAAUGGGACGCAUUUCGUCUGUCUAUAAAUUGGAAGCUGAAGAAGUUGGAAAGUGUCCCCACUUGGGUAAAGCGGAAAUGGAUGAUAACAUGAAAUGUGACACCUACGAUAAAUGGGAUACUAUUUACUACUUGGCACAUUAUUUCUUUUUCCACGAAAGUUUUUACAAUGCGUUGAAGCUGUUUGAAGUUUUGUGGGAGGCAGGGGGGCUUUAUUCGGAGGCCUCUUUCAGGAUGUACAGGCACACACAGAGGACGUUACAGAGGGGGUGGAAGAAGUCCGAGGGGAAUGUGCGGUGA